AUGAUGGCCAUCAUCGGCAUGUUCUUCCAGAACGGCCUGACGGGCCAGGCCUGGGGUGACUGGGCUCUGUACGGCGACUCGCCGCUGCGUGCGGCGAAGGCCCCGGUGCUGGACAUCUCCACGCAGCUCGGCGCGUGCCCGCCGCUGGGCUUCUGGGACCCCCUGGGCCUGGCCAGGUACCCUGACCCGGCCGUGGCCGCGACCCAGUUCCGGCGCCGCCGCAUCAUCGAGAUCCAGCACGGCCGCGUGGCCAUGUUCGCGUGCAUCGGGUACAUCGUCCCCGAGUACUUCAGGUGGCCCGGGCUCAUCUCGCCCUCGGAGGGCCUCGCGUUCCAAGACAUCCCGAACGGCUUCGGCGCCAUCUACGCGAUCCCACUCGUCGGCUGGACCCAGAUCAUCGCGCUCGCGGGCAUCCUCGAGGUCAACUUCUUGAGCAGCGAGCCCAAGGAGUACCCCGGCGACUACGAUGGCUUCGGUGCCCUGGGCCUCCCCGGCGGCGCCAGCAUCGCGGACAAGGAGACCAAGGAGAAGAAGCUGCUCGCCGAGAUCAACAACGGCAGGCUCGCCAUGAUGGCCAUCAUCGGCAUGUUCUUCCAGAACGGCCUGACGGGCCAGGCCUGGGGUGACUGGGCUCUGUACGGCGACUCGCCGCUGCGCUGA